AUGACAAAUAAGGUGACAACUGGCUCGUUGAACGACCUUUGUGUUGCGAUAAAUGCAAAUCCGCUAGGUUCCAUCGGUCUCAGCGUGAAUCGUGCCGUGGAGAAGCAACUUGGACAGUCAAUCUCUGCUAUUGAGUUGGAGUUACACAAUAUGGUUGGUCGGUUACAAGUGGAUAUUAAAGCGAUUGUUGGUUUUGCCCGGAUAACUGCUGGAGAUGUUUUCGAAGUGGUGAUACGGCAUGGUUCUCAGAAAUGGAAAGCUCGAGGUAAAACGUUGGCAGAUAAAACUCAAAAAUGGGACCAUUCUUCAGCAAUUUUCAAUUGUUAUGUCGAUUGUGCUGUGGAAGUGAAAGCAUCUGAAGUGCGUUUUUUUAUGUCUAAAGCACUUAAUGAGCGUUCCUUCGACCCUUGUGAACUGUUUUCUUCACAGUCUCAACUGGUUACUAUGGAUCUAAACCAGAUUGGUACAUUGAAAUUGGAACUUAUCGUUACUUGGAUACCUCUGCUGGCGUCAAAAACUGGAAGGUUAAUAGCUAACAAUGGGAAGAACAGUAACUUGAAAGAAAAUAUGGGCAUUAACUCUAGUGUUACGUCUAGUGCGCUGUCAAAUAACAAGAAACCGCGAAUAUUGUUGCGAGAAAAGAAAAGAGGGAACUCCCAGCUUGUUAAACAAAAGGAGAUGUGGCGGUCUUCGACAAACAUUUUAGACAGUGUGUACAAUGAUAUCAGUAAAUCUAUCCCAAGUAUUGAUACGGUUGAAGCUAUGCCAAUUAAGAAAGGAAUAAAGAAGGAAUUGUCCAUUGAUAGUAAACCUCUUCGGUCUUGGAAUCGCUCAUUAAGCAUUGCGCAGUUAGCAUCCAGUUCUAGCCCUAAAUCUGCUGACGAUUCUUAUCAAUCAAAUUCAACAUCGAUGCUUAUAGCUGCAAUUGAUGACAUGUUACAUCUGAUUGUGAAACUGAAACCUUUUAUAAAUAAACUGAUACGAAGAUGUCCUGAAUUGAGCAUUUUGGAAGCGGGUCUAAAUGGAUGGGAAGCACUGCUGAAACAAAAUCGUGAGUCGUUUAAUUUUGCUCUUGAACGGCGCAACGGAAAAUCAAAUAAAGCGGAUGCUAAACGUGCAAGCAUCUGUGUUGCUAACUCAUCUAGCGGAUAUUCCGAUGAGCUUGACGACAACGUUUUGAUGCAGUCGGCAGAUCAAGCUUCCGAAAAUGACAGCGGAAUUGAGUCAUUAAGGCAGCACAUAUCACCUUUUAACAAUAUUGGUGCCCGUCAUAAGUAUGAUACAAAUCAUACAACGAAUGAUCAAAGUGCCGCCAGUAACCUGGGCACUGGACCUUCGCAACGAAGAUUUAAGCAGUUGAAAGAAAAAGAAAGGCGAAAAUCAAUUGGUGCGUUAGUCGAAACAAGUAAUGAAUACCAACAAAUAUUCUUGAAUUCUGAUGAUUUUUGGAACAGUUCCGACACUGAGAGCGCAUCAAGUGGAGCGUCGUGUCCACACUCAUCAUCUAGAAUUGCAGCAACAGGACAUCGUGAGUUAGACAUGUGUUUAAAGCAUCAUUUGAAGCGAUGCUUGCUUACACUUCAGUCAUUGACAACUAUACACGGACCUCUCGAAUAUCGUGAGCAUGAACUUUUAUCACGGAUUGAGCAGGAGGCUGUCACUCUGGAUGAUCUUUUAAGAUUGACAAAAACUUUACCUGCUUUCCCAAAUAUCAGUAACGAAGUUUGGCUCUCAGCAGUCUACCCACUUAAUGUUACACUGAUAGUACCGAUGGAAAUAAUUAGGCGACAGAUACGCUCACAUUUUGGUCCAGUUGUACAGAAUCGUUAUCCUGAUCUUGUCAACAACGUAAUUGAUACAAUUAUGUCACUGCUAACGGACAAAGCUGAAUGGGAACCGGAAUUGAUCAGCGUUUUCCAGUUUACCACAUUAUUCCGAGAAAAACAUGCUACAGCGUUUGUGGAAAAUUUGGCUCAUGAAGCGUGGAUUAUCACUAGUUUAAGCACUAGACAGGUCUCAAUAGUCCGAGAGGUUAUGGAACGCCUUUCUCAAGUACCUGUGGUUCCACCACUGGAAAGUCUUCGACAUAUUGGGCUUGUUUUAGUGUGCCCUGAUCGAGAAUUACAAGCCAUAUUUGAAUGUUAUAUGGUACGGGCUCGAGGUCAACUUCGUGAUGAUCUGGUUACAUGCUACAUUUGUCUACUGGAACACGAGAACGACCAAAGUCGUAAAGGUGCUUGUAGAGCACUAUGCUAUUUGAACUCGUCAAGAUCUUUGCGGCCGCUUUUAUUUGUCGCGGAAGAAGAUUCCAGUCCUGCGGUUCGGAAAGAGGCAUCAGAUACACUGCGCAGCAUGGGACAUGAUAUUGAUGCAAUUGAAACAACAAAAAUUUGA